CAUUCCCUCUCAAUUAUUUCAAAAAACACUAUCGAGUUUUCAACACUAAUCCGCUCAGCCAUGGCGGUCGUCUUCUUUAAUUCCUGAUUUUCCCCUUAUACUUCUAUUUAAUGCUUUUUCUCUCUCACCUCUCUCUUCGCUGUGUUCUUCUGUCCUUUUCUUAUCUGUCUCGUUUGCACCGCCAUUUUUAAUGGAGGGGUUUGGUUUUAAUUUCCACUUUCCCUCUUUGUUAACGUGAAAACCUGCAAUGGCUCUUUAUUAAUUCGUUGAUGCCAAUGGUUUUGAGCUAAGCUAAAGGACAAUUUUCCUCUUAGCGUUUGCAUAAACCAACGGGUGUACUUAUCAAUGGCUCUGCCCACAUCCACAACCACAACUACCACCAACGCUACUUCUACUAAUUCCCUCUCUUCUUCUUCUUCUCACAACAAACCCACUAAGCUUAAGCGACGGAAGUGCCGGGAUAUCACUGUUUCGGCUAAAUCCGACUCGUUUUCCUCUACUUCUUCUAAUUCCUCUUCUGGGUCUCACGUUUUUUCCAAUCGAAAGCUUGAUCAUCCUCCUGUGAUUGUUUCUUCGGAGAAUUCCUGGUGUUGUCCCGCUACAAAACCCUCUGUAACCCCUUCGGUUCUUCCUACUCCUCCGCCGCCGCCGCCGUUUCCCCCCUCGAAAUCUCGUCGGGGGGUUGUUUCUCCGACACCCACUAACGGGAAUCGAGCAUCGGAUUCGGUUAUCUCUCCGUCCGAUUCGCCGUCUACUUUUCGCAUACGGUUUUCUCCGGGUAGUUUUUCGCCGGUUAUGGACUUCACUACGUCUUCUUCCGCCAACGCCGCGGUAGCGGCGGGGUUUAAUGGCCACUCUGGAUCGAACCACGACUCUUUCCCUUCGAGCUUCUCGAAGUUCAACUCUGCUCUCACCGCUGGGCUAUUGAAUCCAAUGUCGCCGCCGCCAUCGACUGAUAAAACCCGAUCGAGUCCGACCCUUUUUGAAAUGAUGGCGAGCGAGCCUGAUAUUCACCCUAGAACUUCUCAGAUCCCUUCUCAUAGUGCACCCGUUUCGGUUCAUAAGAACCAAAUUCCUAUUCAGGACAAGCAGGCCGUGAUGAUGCAGAGGAUUUCUGAAAUUUUGGGAUCUCGGAGCCCUGGAAAUCAGUUCAAUGACGCCUCUAGCAGUGAUAUCAAGCUCACAUUGAGCUCUAGAGAUGGGAUUAGUGUUUCGAUGAACGUUCACCGGCAAAUUCUUGUCGCUCAUAGUCGGUUUUUCGCUUUGAAGCUCUCGGAACGGUGGGCGAAACAACAGAGGUCGCCGUCGCCAUACAUUGUGGAGAUUGCUGACUGUGACGAUGUUGAAGUGUAUAUUGAAACCUUGAAACUGAUGUAUUGUAGAGAUCUGAGGAAGAAGCUGAUGAAGGAAGAUGUUCCCAGAGUUCUUGGAGUUUUAAAGGUUUCAGCUGCCAUCGGGUUCGAUGCAGGCGUCUUGUCGUGUUUGGAGUACUUGGAAGCAGCUCCAUGGGCUGAGGACGAAGAAGAGAAAGUGGCAUCACUCUUAUCUGAGCUUCACCUUGAAGGUGUUGCAGCAGGGGAAGUUCUUAAGAGGGUCUCAAUUGAAGUUACUAAUGGACCUGAAGAUGGUAAUGACAAUGAAGAAGUGCUGCUAAAGCUUCUACAUGUCGUUCUGGAAGGAAAAGACGAGAAGGCUAGGCGCGAGAUGAAAGGAUUAGUCUCGAAGAUGCUUCGUGAGAGUUCGUCGCAGAAUGACCUUAGAAAAGAAUCCUUGUAUUCGGCUUGUGAUGGUUGCCUGCAGUUGCUUCGCCAUCACUUUAUGAGAGCGGUAGGGGAGUUUCAGGGUGUUGGGGAGAUUGCCAAGCAGGCUGAUAAUCUGCACUGGAUUUUAGAUAUCUUGAUCGAUAGACAGAUAGCUGAAGAUUUUUUGAAAAUCUGGGCUUCUCAAUCUGAAUUGGCAGCUGCACACUCUAAGGUGCCUGCUGUCCACAGGUUCGAAAUCAGCCGAGUAACUGCUCGGUUAUUCGUUGGCAUUGGCAAAGGUCAACUUCUGGCUCCUAAAGAUGUGAGAUAUCAGCUUUUGCAAACAUGGUUGGUGCCAUUCUAUGACGAUUUUGGUUGGAUGAGGAGAGCGUCGAGAGGCCUCGAUCGCCACUUGAUCGAGGAUGGCCUUAGCAAUACAAUUCUCACUCUACCUUUAGCUUGGCAACAAGACAUAUUACUAGCUUGGUUCAAUCGAUUCAUGAAUUCAGGUGAAGAUUGCCCGAAUAUACAACGCGGGUUCGAAGUUUGGUGGAGAAGGGCAUUUUGGAGACGUAACGGUGAACAGGAGCGCCCUCGACCGAUACGAAUUGCCACCCCAACGUCAGAGAAUUCAUGAACAACUAAUCGGUUUGCUCUCUCUCUGAUCACUUGAGGCCUAGCUAAAAUCUUCUUCCUUCCUAAACCAGGAACAUUUUAUGGAGGAUUGAAUGAAUGUACCUGAUAUUAGGUUGGAAGAAGAUAAUAUAUGCUACAUAUUGUAAUUCCUCGUAUCUAUACGUUUUUUUCUCGAGCUUGACGUUGAUUUCAUCGAUACAACUCGUCUCUGUAUCUGAUUGUUCCGAGUUCAUUUACCCUUUAUCGAGCCCAUGGAGCGUCAUUGUUCAUAAGAAAUCUGUGAGUUUUAGAAUAGUAUCCAGAGAUUCAGAAGCUAUGCCUGAAAAGUCAUUGAUUUACUGUUGAAAAGCUCUUGUUUAUCUAUCAAUGAUCAGGUCCAAUGUAUGAAGAUUGAUGUGUUUUAUUAUUGGUUUGACUUUAUUAGAGCCCUUGAGUUGACUCCA